CACUUGCGGAAGCACACUUCAUACUGAAAGGCAUAGAAAAAGAAACCUUUGUAGACUCACGAACAGUUUUCUUUUUGUAUAGAAAAACAUAGAAAGUCUAUAAAAGCAAUCGAGAGAGGGAAAAAAAAAAGAGGAAGAAUCGUUGCAUUUUCAAAUUGUAUUGAUGGCUCCAGAAAACUUUCAGAAACUCGAACAAGAAGCCGAGGAAUCAUUUCCAUAUUUGGCAAGUGAUGAGAAGUCAUCUACUUUGCGUGGAUAUGAGGAUAUCUCGCGAGUGCAUGAUACGAAGAGUGACUUGAAUAGCACUUCUACUGUUUCGACGGUAAACAAACCAGUGGCUCCCCCAUGGGUUCAUUUUGUCGCUGGGGGAGUCGGUGGUAUGACUGGAGCAAUCCUUACAUGUCCGUUAGAUGUAGUGAAAACUAGAUUACAAUCCGAAGAUUAUCACAAGCAAUACAACAAGACGCUUAAGUCCAAGAACCCUGUUAUCCAAGCAGGACAACAUUUCAAGGAAACUUGUCUGGUAAUCCGUCAAUUAUAUGUAGUUGAAGGACCUAGAGCUCUUUUUAAAGGUCUUGGACCUAACCUUGUUGGUGUGAUACCCGCUCGGUCAAUCAAUUUCUUCACUUAUGGAUCUACAAAAGAAUUCUUACUGAAACAAUUCAAUCAUGGUCAAGAAGCUACAUGGAUCCAUUGGGCUGCCGGUAUUAAUGCAGGUUUUGUCACCUCUACGGCAACCAACCCAAUCUGGCUUAUUAAAACAAGACUUCAACUUGAUAAGACUAAGGGAAAGAAUUAUAAAAACUCAUGGGAUUGUUUGAAAUAUGUGGUGAAAACUGAAGGUGUUAAAAGUUUAUAUAAGGGGCUCAGUGCCAGUUACUUGGGGGGAAUUGAGUCUACACUCCAAUGGGUAUUGUAUGAACAAAUGAAAAAAGCUAUAGAAAAACGCUCCCAAUUAGAAAAAUUGAAAGUGGGUCAUGAAAAUAAACAAAAGACUACAAAAGAGCAAAUUUUUGAAUGGUCUGCAAGAUCUGGUGCUGCCGGUGCUGCCAAGUUUAUUGCAUCUCUCAUUACUUAUCCACAUGAAGUUGUGAGGACAAGACUCAGACAGGCCCCAUUGGAAGCUACGGGGAAACCCAAGUAUACGGGACUUGUACAAUGUUUCCGCUUGGUUAUUAAGGAAGAAGGAUUGGCCAGUAUGUACGGGGGUUUAACCCCACAUUUAUUGAGAACAGUUCCUAAUUCGAUUAUUAUGUUUGGAACUUGGGAAUUGGUGGUGAGGUUAUUGAGUUGAGUGUUGUAUUUUCAGUAGAAUUAAGAUCUUGUAUAUAGUUAUAGACGACCGGAGAUGAUUACAAUAAUUGUAGGGAACGUAUUGAAUAGUCUGUUUUAAGAUGAUGACUACUACUUGUAAUGUUAAACGAGAUAAGUUGAGAAAUACAUUCAUGUAUCUGAAAUAGUCAGAGACCUCUUUAACAUCAAUCCACCAAAUUGUGAGAUACUGUUUCUAUGUUUAGUCGUCUGUUACUCGCAUGUAACAUUGCCUAAGAAGUGCCACUGGAGUCUAUCCACUUGACUCAUUUACCUCUUAUAAUUUCAUGCAUGGCAAAGCAAUUGGUAGUAUCUGAAAGAAUUUUUCUGUACUCGUUUUA